AAGCCGAACGCGCCUACUGUCACGUGAUGCGCACGAGAAUUAUCGUCCGGAUAGAAAUCACGCAGGAAAAUGUCCGAGAAGGACACCGAAACCUUUGAUGUGCUCGAACUGGCAGAGCAUGUCAAGAAACAACGGUGGUGGAACAAAAUGUUUGGCAAAAAUACCUCUGGACCCGCUGCUGAGAAGUACUCCGUUGCAACACAGUUGGCCAUUGGAGGAGUGAGCGGAUGGUGUGCAGGGUACUUGUUUCAGAAAGUUGGGAAGCUGGCAGCAUCGGCUGUAGGCGGCGGCUUCUUUUUGCUCCAGAUUGCUCAUCACACAGGCUACAUUAAAGUAGACUGGAAAAGAGUUGAGCAAGAUGUGAACAAGGCAAAGAAGCAGCUGAAAAUGAAUUCAGACAAGCCGCCUAAAGAAGUGAGAACUAAAUUUAAUGAGGUGCAAGUGUUUGUCAAGAAGAACAUUGUUCUCACUGGAGGUUUCGCUGGUGGAUUUCUGCUUGGUCUGGCUUCAUAGGAUCUCUUAUCAAACAGCAGAUUACAGCUUUUGUGUGAUAUUGCAGCUUGUAUUUAACUUGGAUCAACAUUAGAUUGUUAGGAUGUGAUUGUGCAUUGCUUUAGUUUGUACUUAAAGCCCCUGUUACAUUUUCCUUUAUUUGAACACUUUGCUGUAUUAUUUUGGUACAAACUAUUUUUUGACACAUGACUUGAUAAGUCCGCUUGUUUAAACAUGUAAAUAGUUCAAACAUUUGAAAUGGGCCCUUAUCUAAACAUGGUGACUAAGUGCAUUUAAUUGUUCAAACUCGAUGUUCAGAAUCUGGACAUUACCUCAAAGACCAAGGGGUCACUAAAAGUUGUAAUUUGAAUGAAUAAUGACAGAAAUCUUCAAAGUAAA